AUGGUGGACAACCCUGAAGUUGGCAUUCCCUGGUUGUACAAGGGUCUCAUUACUUGGGCAUUCUUCUGGGCAUUUCUUGAUGCGUAUUCCAUCGGAGCAAACGACGUUGCUAAUGCGUUUGCCAACUCUGUUGCUGCACGCACUAUCACCUAUCGCCAGGCUUGCUUGCUUGCCUGCAUCUUCGAAUUGAUUGGCUGCGUCGCGCUCGGAAGUGCCGUUACCGAUACAAUCAAGUCGAAGAUCACCAACGUGAGCUACUUCAAGAACGACCCAUACGUCCUCGCACUCGGUAUGAGCACUGUCAACAUCGGGUCUGGUUUGUGGGUCGUUAUCGCAACCGUGCUCAGUAUGCCUGUUUCCACUACCCACGCUGUGGUAGGAGCGGUACUUGGUAUCGGUAUUGCCGCAUGGGGAACAGGGGGCGUGAUCUGGAGUUAUGAAGCCAAGGGCUUCCUUCAGAUCGUGGCUUCUUGGUUCAUCUCUCCAUGUGUCUCGGGGGCUUUGUCUGCCAUCUUCUACCUCGUGACCAAGUUUGUCAUCCUCAAGAACCCUGAUGACGUCGCGGCGAGACGUGGCAUCGCCCUCCUCCCGUUGUACUUCUUCUUCGUGUUCGGUGUCAUUGCCGGGUUUAUGUGCAUGAAAGGUAUCCCCGCCCUCAAGAACACUCCCUACAAGGUCACGGUUCCUGUCACUGUUGCUAUCGGCAUCUUCUUCGGCCUCAUCGGCUAUAUCUUCUGCUUUACCAUCCCCAAAGGAGCUUAUGGGUAUGUAACUGAUCAGACUGCAACCAAAGACAUGGAAAGCGCCGUCGAGGGAGAUGUUGCAAUGCAACAGCAGUACAACGGGCAGGCGUUCGGUGAACCAGCACAGUACGCCAUCUCAGGUUCUGCCUUCGGAGAGAGCGAGAAAGGGAAGGGUGCGGAGGAGUCAGUGGGAUCGGACAGCAAUGACAGCGCUCUUGUUAAGGUUCUCAAAUAUAUCUCUCCUGGAAUGUUCAUGGACAUUGCUGAGCUUAGUGAGGAAGAUGCUGAUAUGCAUUCUCGUGCCUUCCAAGCCAACCCCAAGACGGAGGAGCUGUUCAAGAUCCUCCAGCUCUCCACCUGCUGCUUCUUCUCGCUGGCUCACGGUGCUAACGACCUUGCGAAUGCGGUUGGUCCCUUCGCGACUGUGUGGAUGGUGUACAGCACUGGAGUUGUGAACUCCAAGGCCGAUGUACCCCUCUGGCUUUUGUUCUAUGGAGGUAUCGCGCUGGACAUCGGUUUGCUUACCAUGGGGCAUCAGAUCAUGUCUGCUCUUGGUAAUCGUCUCACCCUCCAGUCGCCCUCGCGCGGCUUCAACAUCGAGCUUGGUGCUAUGUUCACCGUGAUGGUGUUCUCGCGCCUCGGCAUUCCUGUUUCCACCACUCACUGCAUCUCUGGAGCCACCACUGGCGUUGGCUUGUGCAACGGCGACGUCAGGUCUGUCAACUGGAAGCUUCUCGCCGUGAUUUUUGGCGGCUGGAUCGUCACCUGCCCUGCUGCUGGAAUUGUGACUGGUUUGAUCUUCUGGGCCAUCAUCUCUGCACCCAACCCUACCCCUGGAAACGGAUUCUUCGAGGGUCACUACCACGGUUAA